UUAAUUUAUUUACUAUACUUAUAUACUUCUACUACAAUUAUUCAAUUAAAAGUUGACUACUGUGUGAAAUUGUAAAACAAAAAUGGGCCCUAUUAUUAUUAUUAAAUAACAAACUUCACCACAACCAGUAUGACACCACCAUCCACACACAGUAACAAACCAGAUACUGCAGAUACCAACCCCAACAUACCACACAAUAUACCUCGCCCCAUAUAAUAUCAUAAUACCAAAACACACCCCACUCCAUACCCUAAAUCUCUUGUCUGCAGUGAGAAGUAUAAAAUACAGUGACCACAAUAUUAUUUUCUUCUGUGUCCCCAUCUAGCUCUGAUUCUAUGAGUGAAAUAAUACUUAUGAAAAAGAUUUGACAUGAAACGUUCAUUCUUAUUUUAUUCUGAUUUGAUUCUAUACUCGAAGACAGGCACACACAAAACAUACUUGAAUGACAAUCUAGAAAGCACUCUUUUCUUAUCAACAACCUAGACUGACUCCAACACCCCAGCAAGAGAAUAAGAGUACAUACACCUUCACUUUGUCACAACAAAACAAAGACUACAUCGCAGCUCAACAACCUAAAUGAGAUUGACCAUCUUGUAACUCACAGCAGCAACAAUCCAACUCAGAAACAUCACUGUCUUUCAUAUCAGGUCACUAUCACUACUCUAUUCUUUAUUUAUAUAUCUAUGCAAAUAUUUUUCUAUACUAAAUACUCUCACAACCAACAGUACUCUACAUUAACUUUGUAACACUCUACUAUAUAGUUGAGGCAAAAUAAUUGUUAGAUUCCUGAGUGCUAUUGUCAUGUCAAGCAAUUUUAAAAUGAAAGGAGGAGUAGAUGUAUUUCUUCAAAAAGCUGGAAUGAUCAAAUACUCGGAAAUGUUUCACAUCAAAGGGUACGAUUUGGAAUCAGACAUUCCAUUCCUCACAGCUUAUGACUUAGAAGAACAUCUGAUGAUAUCUAAUGUGAAUGACAGAUUAGCUAUUUUAGCUCAAGCCAAACUGUAUCGACCAAGCCCUAAAAAAGAAGUUUAUGAUUGGCUUAAAAGAAACCACCUUAAAGGGUACUACAUUGAGUUUGUUCGUAGUGAACUGACUGACCUGAAAAAAGUCUCGCAGCUCUCUCUGCCUGAUGAGAAUAUUUAUGACAUGCUAGAAGUUGCUUUACCUGGACACAGGAAGCGAUUAGAAAGAGCAGUUGAAAAGUUGCGGCUAGAGCUGCAGUACAAAUCUCUGGGUGUUGAGACGCCUGUCAUCUGUGGCAGAUGGGGAAAGCCCUUGUGUCUACCUCAGGCCAAGUUUGAUUUCCUCUGUGUGAAGGCAUUUUUGUUUUCACAGAGAGAGCCACACAAUAAAGCUGCUAUUGAUUUCAUGGUGGACUCUGGCAGUGAUGUGUGUACUGUACAAGAGGAGACUCUCAAGUCUUUGAACCUUGACCUGCUGGGGCCAGUGUAUAGCUGUGGUAUACAUGGUGGCAACCAUACAUAUCUUUACAAAGGUCGCUUGCUGAUAGGGGAUCAGGAAAUGGAUAUAGAGGUAAUUGGUAGUAAUUAUGAUUCCGUCGGCAGUAGAGUGCUGCGUCACUUCCGCCACGUCAUAGAUGGUCAUCGUCACAUCUGGCUUAAGGGCACCUACAGAGAACCCUCUCCUCCACACAUGCCCCUCCCCCCACCUGCACAGUCUGUCAGUGGCGGUGGCUUGCCUUUAUCAGGACCCAACCGUAAAGCUAUAGCAGGCUCACCUGAUGAACUUUCAGAGAGCAAAAAGAGGAAGUUGUCUGAAGUUUCUCCAGCUUCUCGGGCCACAGAACCUCCAGUCAAAUUACAACACUCAGGAAACAUACAGACCAAGCUGCAUGGUGUACAUUUAAACAAUGUCCUUGACCACAGAGAAAGCUCUGCUAUACAGGAGAUUGGUGGUAUAGGGUCAGGUGCUACACACUUCAGUGGUAACUUUGUACAGAGGAUUGCUUGUAAUACAAGUCCACAAGGAAAUGACCAUUUAAGUUCUGAUACAACAUGUGUAUCUGAUGUUGAAAUGCCAGCUCAUGAAGACAGGACUUUACAGGUCACAGGUAACCCAUUGUUACAAGAAUCUAAUUCAUUGUCUGGUGUGCCACAACAGGCCAACCCGCCUGAACCUCUGGUCACGUUUGUACUGAAGGACACAGACGACGACAUCGACAAUAUGGACACACAGGUAGACAACCAGUCUGACAACACCCCCAUGUUCAUCUGGUCAGAAACUGUGACCAAGAGACACCCCACACCUAGUUCAGUGAACAACCUUAAUCCCAAGACAGACUCCGAUCCUUACUGUGUUGUACAUGUGGAGAUAGAAUCCAACCUUGGGUCUGGCGCUACAGGUGAUAUAGAUGUAGAUGUAGGCUGUGUGGAUGACAGUGUGUUUCAUGUGAUGGACACCAACAUGGUGCCAGCACACAGCAAUGUUGUUGUCAUAACAUUUGAUGAGUUAGAAACUCAUGAGAAUGGUAAACAUAAAUGAUAGGAUUACUUCCCCUACAGUCACCAGCAUUGGUAGUUUUAUUUCACUCACAGAACUGAGAUUGUAUAUUUAGAUUGCUGUGAAGCUAUAAUUUGUAUAAUGCACAGCAUAUGUACUUUAAUUUUGCAUUUAUUUUCUUUUUUUUUUCUUUUACUGAAGAAUACUUUAUUUACAUGAGUUUUUUUAAUUUAAAAAAAAAUUCUUUUUAUACUUUCAAGCUUACACUAUUUCUUUAUUUGUAAUUAUCUGUAUUUUAUCUUGCUUUAUUGUAGACAGUUUUAAACCAUUGUGUCUCAUAUCAUUUUUUAACACAGAGGAACUGUGUAAUGAAUUCAGAUUGUUACUGUGCAAGGGAUCAUCUAUUUAGGGCAUCUAUUCAGAUAGUGCUGUAAAGGGGGAAACUAACUUGAAUGGCUUCGGCCAAGUGUUAAAUUUAUAUCCAUUUGUUUAUUAGCUAUUAAAACAAAACGUAAUUUAUUCUGCAUACAAAAUUUUAACAAACAAACUUGUGAUUGAUUUAAGUACAUCAUAAGUGGGAUCCACCAGUAUACAUGAGUAUAGAGUAAAAUGUUGGUAAAAUGGUACACA